AUGGUGUCUACAAAUGAUCCAAUGGAGUCUUUUAUGAAUUCAAUUCAAGUGGUCAAAGAUGCACUUUCACCGCUUGAACUUGGCUUUCGGAAAGCUGCUAAAGAUCUUGAAACUUGUUGGGGGGUUUCAAAGAAUGAUGAUAAGGCAACCCAUGGUUUAGUCGCUAAUAACAGUAGUAAAGUUUCAAUCUUUACAGUGAAAAAGAAGAGUUUUAGUCUUGGAAAUGGUGAAAAUAGGCAGUGUGUGGUUAGUGAAGAGAAAAGGAAAGGACUUUUAUCCAUUAAGAUUCCUAUCAGGAGUUUGUUGGGGAUGUUUUCGAUGAAUUUGGAAAAUGGGCAUAGAAAUGGCGGUGAUGAUAAGGUUGUGGUUUCGAAGAAAGUGUUGAAAGAGAAGGAAACGAGGAAUGAAGAUGGGUCUUGCAUAAAUUGUUUGCGGUUCGCCGAUACGUGGUCUUUGUUGGUUAAUGGUUUUGUUCAGGCAUUUCCUAGCCCUUUUAAAACGAACAAGAAACGGUUUCAGAAAGCAGGUGACGAGGAUAAAGAGUAUUUGCAUUUGUGCCAAAAUGGGUCGAAAGCUAAGGUUGCAGGCGAAUUGAAGCAAAGGGAAUCAAACGGUCAAUCUGUUAAAGGGUAUCCAAAUGUGAGCGAGAAGGGUAAGGAAGAGAAGCAUGUGUCCCUCGAAUGCUUUAUAGGGUUCAUAUUUGACCAAUUGGCUCAGAAUCUACAGAAGUUUGAUCAAAGUUUACAGGAAAGAGAUACCAAGGACUGUGAAAAUAGUUGUUCAACCUCACCUCCAACGCCCUCUCAGUUUGAUCAUUUGAGGGCAAUCAUGACUAUUUGGGAAGGUCAAAAGGUCUAUGUGGAUGGUUUUUUGGGAACUUUGAGUUUUGCAAGAGUGGGUGGUGUACCAUCAAGCAUAGUCGGAGUAUCGUCUUCGGUUAAUGAAGAGGGUGAUGAUGGCGUAAGUAAUGCACCCACCGACAGCACUGAGGACACAGGGGGUAGUUCACCACAAAAGCUAGCAAGUGGGUUACUCAGCAUUCCGCUAUCGAAUGUAGAGCGUUUGAGAUCCACAUUAUCUACUGUUUCAUUGACAGAGCUAAUUGAGCUUCUGCCACAACUUGGUCGAUCUUCCAAAGACUAUCCUGACAAGAAAAAACUAUUCUCUGUCCAGGAUUUCUUUAGAUACACAGAGGCUGAAGGGAGAAGAUUCUUUGAGGAACUGGACAGAGAUGGUGAUGGUCAAGUGAAUUUAGAAGAUCUUGAAAUGGCAUUGAGAAAAAGAAAAUUGCCUCGGAGAUAUGCCCGGGAAUUCAUGCGGCGUGCUAGAAGUCACUUGUUCUCAAAAUCAUUUGGUUGGAAACAAUUUUUGUCCUUGAUGGAACAGAAGGAACCAACAAUUCUGCGUGCUUACACUUCUCUGUGUUUAAGCAAGUCUGGGACCCUGCAAAAGAGCGAAAUACUGGCAUCACUUAAAAAUGCUGGACUUCCUGCAAAUGAAGAUAAUGCUGUUGCUAUGAUGCGAUUUCUGAACGCAGACACAGAAGAAUCAAUUUCUUAUGGGCAUUUUCGUAAUUUUAUGCUUUUGUUACCUUCUGAUCGACUUCAAGAUGAUCCCAGGAAUAUAUGGUUUGAAGCGGCAACUGUUGUUGCCGUUGCACCACCUGUGGUAAUACCUGCUGGAAGUGUUUUAAGAUCUGCAUUGGCUGGGGGUCUUUCAUGUGCACUCUCUUGUUCUCUUAUGCACCCUGUUGAUACAAUAAAGACUCGGGUGCAAGCUUCCACGUUGACCUUCCCAGAAAUAAUUUCAAAGCUUCCACAAAUAGGAGUUCGAGGAUUGUAUAGGGGUUCAAUUCCUGCAAUUUGGGGACAGUUUUCAAGCCAUGGCCUGCGAACUGGGAUAUUUGAAGCUUCCAAACUUGUGCUAAUAAAUGUUGCCCCUAAUCUCCCAGAUAUACAGGUUCAAUCUGUGGCAUCAUUCUGCAGCACACUUUUGGGGACAGCAGUGCGGAUCCCAUGUGAGGUAUUGAAGCAGCGUUUGCAAGCUGGCAUUUUUGAUAAUGUAGGACAGGCUAUUGUUGGUACUUGGCAGCAAGAUGGCCUAAAGGGGUUCUUUCGUGGGACUGGUGCCACUCUUUUCCGUGAGGUUCCAUUUUAUGUUGCUGGCACGUGUCUAUAUGGUGAAUCCAAGAAGGUUGCUCAACAAAUUUUAAGUCGGGAGCUGGAACCCUGGGAAACAAUUGUGGUUGGGGCUUUAUCUGGAGGCCUAACUGCUGUUAUCACUACCCCUUUUGAUGUGAUGAAAACUAGAAUGAUGACAGCUCCACCAGGAAGAACUGUGUCGAUGUCACUGAUAGCUUUGUCAAUACUUCGACAUGAGGGCCCCCUUGGCUUAUUCAAAGGAGCAGUGCCGAGGUUUUUCUGGAUUGCUCCCUUAGGCGCCAUGAACUUUGCAGGCUAUGAGCUAGCAAGGAAAGCCAUGGACAAAAAUGAGGAGGCAGCCAGCGACCAGCUGUCUCAGAAAAAGCUGACUAGUUCUGGGUAG